AUGAAAACGCAAGCUAAAAUCGCAGGCGGUGGCGGGCGGCGGGCGGCGGGGGCGGCGGCAGGCGGCGGCCGGCAGGCGAGCGUCCCCCCCCCUCUCGGGGGCGGCGGCCGGCGGGCGCGAGCGCGGGCGGCGGCCGGCGGGCGCGAGCGCGGGCGACGAGCCGCCCCCCCCCUCCCUCCCUCGUGGGCGGCGGCGGGCGGCGGGCGCGGGCGACGAGCGCCCCCCCCCCCCAGGGGCGGCGGCGGCCGGCGGCCGGCGAGCGCGGGCGCGGGCGCGGGUGACGAGCCCCCCCCACCCCCCCACGGGGGCGGCGGCGGCGGGCGCGGGCGCGGGCGACGAGCCCCCCACACCCCCCCUCGGGGGCGGCGGCGGGUGCGGGCGACGAGCCCCCCCCCCACCCCCCCCCCUCUCGGGGGCGGCGGGCGCGGGCGCGGGCGACGAGCACCCCCCACCCUUCUCGGGGGCGGCGGCGGGCGCGGGCGACGAACCCCCCCCCCCCCACCCCCCUCCCCCCCCCUCUCGGGGGCGGCGGCGGGCACGGGCGCGGGCGACGAGCCCCCCCCCUCCCCCCUCUCGGGGGCGGCGGGCGCGGGCGCGGGCGACGAGCCCCUCCCCCCCCCUCGGGGGCGGCGGCGGGCGCGGGCGCGGGCGACGAGACCCCCCCCUCCCUCCUCGGGGGCGCAGGCGGGUGUUGCAAUUGCCACCGCUACUCCCCUCCGCACCUAUCCCCCUGCUGCUGCUGCAGGUUGCUACUGCCACUACUACGCCCUUCCGCGCCAGUCCCCCUGCUGCUCCUGCAGAUUGCUACUGGAUCUGCUAUGCCCCUCGGUUUCCUGUCAUCCUGCUGCUCCUACAGACUACUACUGCCUCUGCUAUGCCCUUCGUUUUCCUGUCCCCCUGCUGCUCCUGCAGAUUGCUACUACCACUGAUGUGCCGCUCCGCACCUGUCCCCCUGCUGCUGCUGCGGAUUCUGGAUCCACUGCGGAUUCUGGAUCCACUGCUAUGCCCUUCGUUUUCCUGUCCCCCUGCUGCUCCUCCAGAUUGCUACUACCACUGAUGUGCCCCUCCGCACCUGUCCCCCUGCUGCUGCUGCAGAUUGCUGCAUCCACUGAUAUGCCCCUCGUUUUCUUGUCCUCCUGCUCCUGCUAA